GAGAGAGAGAGAGAGAGAGAGAGAGAGAGAGAGACCCAUCUCCUCCUCUUCCUCCUCUCUCAGCUCCCUUCUCUUUACCCACACAUGCUCACUCUCCCUUCCCUCUGAUGCCGACUGGAUGCAGACGGGGGGAUUUCCAGCAGCUUCCUGACUCUGUCCUCCCUCUCCUCUCCUCCUCUCCCCACCUCCUCUUCUUCCUCCUCCUCUUCCUUCAACAGUCCGAAGCUUCUCCUCUUCUUCCUCCUCUUCUUCUCCUGCUCCUCACCCAUCAGGAUGUGGCACUCGGUGGCACUGCUCCUCUCUGGAUUCUCCGCUUUGAUUCACGUGUCGCUGCAGGGUCCUCAUCAGAGGAACCUGCUGAAAAACCUUCUGAAGGACUACAACCGGAUGGAGCGGCCGGUGGGCAAUGACUCCCAUCCUCUCACCGUAGUGUUCUCCCUCAGUUUGAUACAGAUCAUGGAUGUGGAUGAGAAGAACCAGGUGCUCACCACUAACAUAUGGCUACGGAUGAGUUGGUUCGACCACUAUCUCCAGUGGAACCAGAGCGAACACCCUGGUGUGAAAAACCUCCGCUUCACCACGGAUCAGGUGUGGACGCCAGACAUCUUGCUGUACAACAGUGCAGAUGAUGACUUUGACUCCACCUUUAAGACCAACGUCCUGGUGAACUCCAGCGGCUACGCUGAAUAUCUCCCCCCAGGAAUCUUUAUGAGCACGUGCAAUGUGGAUGUCCGCUGGUUCCCCUUUGACAUACAAAGGUGUGAGUUGAAGUUUGGCUCCUGGACGUAUGACGGCUGGCUGCUUGACCUCCAGAUGAACGAUGCCGACAUCUCAGGCUACAUGCCCAAUGGAGAGUGGGACCUGAUAGGAGUUCCAGGCAACAGAAACGAGGCCUUCUACGAUUGCUGCAAAGAGCCGUAUCCUGAUGUGACAUUUGUUGUGACCAUACGACGGCGGACUCUCUACUAUGCCCUGAACCUGCUCAUCCCCUGUGUGCUGCUGUCUUCGAUGACGCUGCUCAUAUUUGUGCUGCCGGCCGAUUCCGGGGAGAAGAUCUCACUGGGUAUCACCGUGUUGCUGUCCCUCACGGUUUUCAUGUUGCUGGUUGCAGAGAUCAUGCCAGCCACAUCUGACUCUGUCCCUCUUAUAGGUCAGUACUUUGCCAGUAUAAUGAUCAUCGUUGGGAUGUCAGUCAUCGCCACAGUCAUCGUUCUGCAGUAUCAUCACCACGAUCCAAAUGGAGGGACCAUGCCCAAAUGGGUUCAGCUUGUUUUGCUUCAGUGGGUGGCGUGGUUCCUGCGCAUGAAGCGUCCAGGAGAGAACGACGACCCGGAGCGUCCACCGUGUGCCCCUCAUUUGCGACGCUGCUCCUCAGGCUCCCAGAGCGGCAGCAUCCCGAACCCUCCUGACCCCACUCUUCAUCCGCUGCACCCGCAGAACCUGGCUCCUCUCCAGACUGGACCCCUCCACGCGGGGCACCCUCACCUCCACGCCCAGUCGAGCACCAACAACAACGGGAACCUUCUGUACAUGGGUUUCCAGAGCAUGGACGACCCUUCGAUACUCUCAGAAUCUCUCCAGAGGAAUAACCUGUCCACGGGGCCUCCACGAGUAGCAGGGAGCCCUCCUCCUCACCUCCCGUCUCAGUUCUGCAGCUCUCCGCCGCCUCCUACACCAAAUAUGGAUACUGUAGGCUGCCCCAGCACUGUGUCCAGCGGCGGGGGCUUUGGAGGUGGCGCUGGAGGGCUUGGAGGCUGUUCAUCUUCAGGGAUAGGAGACCCCCAGCUGCAGGCCAUCUUGGAGGAGGUGCGUUACAUGGCGGACCGUUUCCGAGAGCAGGACGAGUCUGAGAGUGUGGCUGAUCAGUGGAAAUUUGCAGGCGCUGUAAUCGACCGCCUGUGUCUGGUUGCGUUCAGCGUUUUCAACAUCAUAUGCACCAUCUCCAUCCUCAUGUCCGCUCCAAACUUUGUGGACGCUAUUUCAAAGGACUUCGUUUGAAAGCAAAAAGGAGAAAAAGGGGGAGGAAGAGCGUGAAGGAAAGGAUGAACAGAAUUAAAUAUAGGAUGAAGGAUGGAGUGGGCCCGGAUCCAAGGAAACACAAUUUCCAGUGGACUGUUUGCUCUGUGAUUUAAGAUCACGGGAGAACUGGGAAAUAGAAAAAAAUAAAUGGUUUUCUUUGCAAUACAUUCUGUUUUGUAGCUGAAAUAAACGCAGAAAACAGAUGACGGAGGGGAUACAAAAUGAACUUAAAGCAAGAUUAGGAAGAGAAAGGUGCUUCAUCAGAUUGUUGACAAGGUGGAAUAGAUUUUUGCAGUGAAUUCAGUGACUUUCAGACAAAAUGAGGAGGAAGAUAUGUCAGGAGGAGAAAAGACUAUCAGUCUAAUGAAAGCUCUGGUAGAAAAGAUUCUAAAGCAAGGAGGAGAUUGAGAGAGCAAGAGAGAAAAGAGACAGACCUUUGAUUGGACUAGAUAAAUAAGACAGACAUUUGGCUGUUUUAUUUUCUCAGGGAGUGAAGACAGUCUUUCACUCCCACAUGUCGAGAAAAGACUGCAUCGUUUAACGUGAUGUGAGGAGGAGCAUUUGGGCAGAAGAGAAAGAGACUUUUACAAGGACAGACAACAAAGAGCAGUGGAGGAGCAACACUUCAUCCCUCUUGACAUUGGUUCAUGUUAGGCGGAGUGAGCAGACUGAUGUUUGGAUAUUCAAAAAGCGGACUGAGGAUCAGGGAGCUGUGGCAGGGAGAAAAAGAAGAGGAUCUCAUCUAUCAUUCAAUCACAUUCAUUUAAUGACCGUCAAAUUGAAAGACCUUGGUUAAUCUUUAAGACUAAUCAGCUUUUAAAAGAUGAAGUUUCCUCUCUGCUUGCAUUUAAAUUUCCGAGGCCUUAUCUCUUUGAGAUGAUUGCCAAUCUGCAACAAUCAGCAGAGAUCAAAAGCUGCUCAGCAGCGGUCACAGUGUGCUGUGCUUAUCACGACAGGAAACUGAAUUAACUGGUCAUCAAUGAUGCACUGGCCAGAAGCUGCACCACAGUGGAGGCUUGUACCAGUGAUUACUCAUGGAGUAGUUAUUUGACUGUAUCCGGCAGGCCCUGAAGGCCUCACUGAAUUUCAUACUAAAGGUUUAAAGACUCAGAUAAGAAGUCUUUAAAAGAAUACGAGAGGCACAAGAAAGGAUAAGAUCAUUCAAACCCACAAAUUUGAAUGGAGCGCAACAUUUCAUCACAUUUUUGUCAUAUGCCUUCAGGUGUUUUUACGAGUGAUUUCACAUCCAUCUUAAAUUAAAGUCAAAACUUUAACAGAGCUGUUUUGGAGAUGAGUUUGACUUUAGUCACCAGAGCAGUGUUUUAAAAUGUUUCAACAUAAAGUUUGACCUUCAGCCAGAGAGCAUCUGAAGAAAACAGCAACCUUUAGAGAAGUCUCACCUGAGUUUAAGUUUGAUUGAACUCUGUCUUCUGUGUCGUGUUUCUGCUGGCAUUUUAAAUGAAUGCAAGCCUAGCUUAGCUCAAUCCAUUGGCAUCAAAAGAUUUUAAUUCAAACUUUCUGAGGGAUGGUCGUCCAACCUCACAGUACAAGUUGUGUUACGCACAAACAAUCAAUGAUCAACAAGUCAACAGGAUCUACCUUUCUUAUACUAAACCUGGCUGUGCCCCCAAAGCCUUAGUGUUUUCAUCAAGGUGAAGAGUUUCUCUAUUCUCUUUAAAUGUUUGCAAAAUAUGGAGCCCCUAAAAUGUGAGCAUUGCAACUCUUUAUAUAUAUAAGGUGGUCAUUGUUGUUCAACAUCUCACUUUGAGGAGAAACCUUUAAUGCUGCAUAACCUCAUACUGCUGUGUGAAAGGUUUGCAAAUCAGUACAGUGUCUAUCGAUUGAAUCCGGGGGAAGAUUGAGCCGUAAUUCAAGUUGAAACAACGUAUUUGAUCACCUACAGGUACUGUUAGACAACCAUUGAUAUUAGCACUCAACCUCUUCCUCCCUAACAAGAAGUUAGGAAGUGAUGUAGGAUAAGAUAACACUUUAUUGAUUGAAGAGGUGAAAUUGAGUUGUUGCAGCAACACAAGACAUGGUUAGCAAGAGCGUAACACAAUAAGAAUAAGAGUAGAAAAAAAUAAAUUAAAUGAUAUAAGAAGAAUAUAUAACUGUUUAAUAAUAGCAUUAGCUGGUAUCUACUGCUGGCAUUAAUCCAUUUAAGCUAUGUUUACUCCAGCAAGAAAGUAAAUUCCUAGCUAACGUUAUCUAAGAAUGUAUGACUUUCCAAAGGUGUAGUGCUACUCUAACAAAGGAUAUCAGUCUUUUACUUGCUAAGUGUAGUUUUAGCUCUGUAGUUGAUGAAUGCUAAUGCUAGCGGCUAACUGAUAGUAUCUAAUUGGUUAUCAAAUAGAUUGUUUUACUUGAAAUAUUCUCACUUUUCCCUCCAGAAUUUGAAUGCUUAUUCUGUUUCUAUAAGCUGAUUGAUGAAGAAGGAAAUUUAAACAACGUUCAACCUGAAAAACAGCAACAUGACGCUGAAGUAGCAUUUGGGCUUUACACCCAGACUGCUUUCAAAACCGCCUGCUACAUACUAGCUACAUCUGCUGUAUGCAGUUGUCUAAAGGUAGUAUGUAGUAUGACAGAUCUGUUUAGCGGGAGGUUGGGUCAGGCGUUGCUAGUUUUUCAGUUUCAGAAAGUGGAAGUAAACAACGGACAAGCUGAUAUCAAAACCGCUUCUGUAGUAUCCACAUAUGAUUUAAAAAGUUAAGAAGUGGUUUUAGAUCGUUGUCACCUUUGUGAUGACUGGAAGUGACAAGAUUCACCAGCAUUUCUUAAGCAUUACUUCACUGUAAAUGUAACGGACCGUUAAACGUCUGGUACAACUCCACCACAGUAGGUGGCAGUAAUGCACCUAAAGAUGAAUGUUAGAAGAAUGUUAGCGCUGUACAUUGUGGGAAACAGUACUCAAAGUAGACUGGUCCACUGCAUACCGAGAAAUUUUCCCAAAUCAGUACGACAUUCGGGUACUUUUGGCAUACUGCAGAUUUUGCUCUUGUUCACAUAUUGCACACUACAUGUUGGACAAAUCAAUACGUACUGCUUGUAGAGUAGGCGGUUUGAAAAACAGCCCCAGAGUAGGAUGUUGGAUAAAAAUGGCCACCAUAUUAAAAUAGUCAAUAACCCAAUUUCCCAACAGAUUGUCGUUGCUUGUCUUUUCAGUUACUUAUCAUCAAGAUCUGGUGAAAUGUGGACAAUUAGUCAGAUAUCUGAUAUUUAAGAGAUUUGAAAAUCAGGGACUGAACAGUACAGCGCUCUAACAGCUUUUUCCUUUCCUUCUGAGCAUAACAUCACAGGAAAAUUAACAAAAAUAUCAGGUGAAAAUGUCUCGACAAAAUGUCAAGGAUCAUACUUGUAAUAAAUUUUGAAGUUUCUGCUCCGUAAUGAGUGAACUAUUUAGCUCUUAUUCUUAAAGGGCAAGAGUUAAAGACUGAGGGAGUGAUUUAGACACGGUACAGGAUUAUGAAAGCAGGAUGAGUCAUUUGAAAUUGCUAUAAGCAAUAGAAAUCCAGUUGCAAGUGUACCUUGAACAACUCUCUCUGUAUAAUUGCUGAGUCUCUCUGAGCUGCACUGCCUUCAGGGGGGCGUCACACUCUCCAAUAUCAGGUAUCAUGUGGUUACAGCUUUGGGGCACGGCUCACCAAGAAAGUUAAGAAAUAUCAGAAAAAUGUCCUCAGCAGCAUCUUUUAUUCUGUUUGGGGAUUUACAGUCGUAGAAAUGUACGAUUUUUUGAGUCCUUCCUGCAUAACCCACUUCAGUCAGUUUGUUGUAUAAAACAAGAUGAAAAACCUCUGUGUUUGCCUCCGUUUGAGAUGCUUAUACCUGUGAAUUGAGGAAAGUAAACUUACUAUCCAACCACACAUUCUUUUUGUAAGCAGAGAUAUAAAUAAGUGACUCCUCAGUUUGUCUGACAGUGCCAGGAAAAAUCCUGAAAACCAAACAGCAGUGCAAUAGAGAAGGCUGGAGUUACUCUGUGUAUUCAAAUUGUCAAAAUCCCUUUAUAAAAGCAAAACCUACAGUAUUAAA